AUGAGUGCAACAACUUCCAAGGAAGAUCCCAUUGUUAUAGUUGGAGCAGGGGUUUUCGGCCUCUCUACAGCCCUGGAGCUAUGUCAGCGGGGAUACAAGAAUGUGACCGUACUCGAUCGGAUGUUACCACCAGUUCCAGAUGGUAGUAGCGUCGAUAUCUCUCGCAUCGUGCGCUAUGACUAUUCCGAUCCGUUUUACAUGAAGCUGGCGCGAGAAGCUGUGCAAAGCUGGGGAUCGGGUCCAUUUCAUCCUUACUAUUAUAACACUGGAUUUGUUUUGACCUCAGAGGAGAAAAGCGAUGCAUUUUUGGAGAAGCUUAAAGGUUUGCUGCGCAGCCAGGGGCAAACUUUCAAGGACUUCCAAACUACGCAGCAACUUAUCGACGAAUUCCCGCAUCUAAAAGAUGUGAAGCAAGAAUUCACCGGAUAUAUAAAUCCAAACGCUGGCUGGGCGGAUGCAGCGGGUGCCAUCACUGCGCUGGCUGCACGAUGCAGUGAACUUGGAGUAUCGUUCGUCACAGGCCCUCGGGGGACAAUGACAUCGCUCAGGAUCGAUGAUUCCAGAGUAACCGGUGUUCAUGUUGCAAAGGGCCCACCAAUUUCGAGCUCGAAUGUGAUUCUCGCGACGGGAGCUUGGUCUAAUCAAUACCUGGACCUAACUCAUGCAGUCUCGUCAUCAGCCCAACCGGUUGGGUUUAUCCAAUUGACAUCGGAAGAAGCAGCAGAGAUUUCUCGAAUGCCAGUGGUUAUCAACAUGACCUCUGGAUUCUUCGUGUUUCCUCCAACUCCACACACGAACAUUCUGAAAGUAGCCCGCCACAGUCACGGAUUUGAUACAUCUAUCCAAGUGGAUGGGCGGACUAUUUCUUCUCCGAAACGGGAUGUCAACAAUGCUGCGUCGUCCUAUCUACCCGACGAUGCAGACGAAGCUCUGCGUGAAGGACUCCGCCAAAUUCUUCCCAAGCUAGCUGAUAAGCCGUGGGUGCGCCGGAGGUUGUGUUGGUACACAGACACUCCCCAAGGCGACUUUGUGGUCGACAACCACCCGACAAUAAAGGGUCUAUUUAUUGCAAUUGGAGGUGCUGGCCAUGGAUUCAAGUUCCUUCCUAUUCUUGGAAAGUAUAUUGCCGACUGCUUCGAGGAUAAAGCGUCCACAGAGGUGAGACAGAAAUGGAGAUUGGAAAAGAGCAGUCAGACUACAGGACCAAUGGUAUGCAAUGAUGGAAGUCGACGCGGUCCUGCACGCAGGCUGUUGACUGCACAAGAGCAAGCGAAGUUGUAG